GCCACCGAGCAAGUCUGGCGAAGGAGAGUGCAUGAGCAGCUAUCGAUCGCCGGCCGGUCCUCCUCCGCGAGACGGCUGCGGUCAAGUCAGUCGCCGCCCGUGUCAGCAGAGGGGUGUCGCCCUCCUUCUGUUCGAGAAGAAAAGUGUUCCACUCCCCUCUGAGGCUUGCUCCUACUUCAUUCGUCGUGCAUGGUGUUGCGUCAUGGCGUCCACGGAGCGCCCGUCUGAGGAGCUCCUCAAGGAGUACCUCCAGCCGCUCGUCGACCUCAAGCCACCGGAGAAGGUCACCCUUGAGGAGUUCAUCGAGGCCAGCGACAAGUUCGUGGUGCCGUUCCCCGUGGAGACCGCUCGGGCGAAGGUGCUGCAGAAGAACGGGCACGAGAAGGAGGCGCUGGAGAAGUACAUCAACUCGGCCUACCCUGUGGUGCACGCGAGGCAGCUGCCCCUCCUGGCCGCCUUCCUGCACUACAAGAGGGCGCACGGCAGGAGGAAGGAGAAGGAGCUGUACGCGACUCUGGGCCUCGUGGGGCUGGUGGACCGGCUGCUGACGAAGCGGCCCGUGGUCUUCUUCACGCCCAACGACCAGUACGUCCUGCGCGAUGGCUCCGAGGGCUGCGACGGCUUCGAGGAGAUCGGCCACUCGCACGAGAGCCGCCGGCUGCCCCUGCGAGACUACAUGUCGUACGACGAGAUUAAGCUGGCGGCGCUGCUGAGCGUGUCGUCGUGGUCGCCGUUUAUCAACAACGGCAGCCGCCACAACCGCGGCGUGCGGGGCCAGGCCGGCGACCACGAGGCCGAGGGCGUGAUCGUGGGCAUGGUGGGCGCCCGCUUCGAGCGCGAGGGCGUCAUGGAGUGGCAGGACUGCGUGGUCACGCCGGAGCAGAACACGACGGAACGCGGCUACGGCGUGGACCCCCCGCAGAAGCGCUGGCUGGUGCGAGAGUGGGGCAGGCUGUGGGGCGUGGGGCCUCUGCCCACGUGGGAGCAGGCGCAGCAGGCGCAGCAGGACGCCGAGGAUGGCUUCGUGCCGCUGUCGAGCCGGAUGCUGCUCAACGCAAGGGUCUACAGCGCCCGGAUCCGCCUUUCGGCCGAGCUGCUUCUGGGGGAGGCGUCGAGCCGGGCGGCGGCGGCGGAGAGGAAGGCGUACGUGCACGUGGUGGGCCUGGGCCUCGGCGUGUGGCAGGUGUCGCCCCGGCAGGAGCAGCUGUUCGUGGACGCGUGGGGCGAGGCGCUGGCCGCCGUGGACACCGCGCACAUCGGCCACGUGGACUUCAGCUGGAUCAAGGCGUCCCAGUGCCACGGCGCCGGCGACGGCGACGAGUUCCCGGGCACGAAGGUGGUGGUGCACUUCUCGCAGAGGGCGCUGCACGAUCCCGUCCCCGCCGGCACGCUGCUGGUGGACAGCUUCGCCUGGGACGGCAACUCGCUGCCCGGAAACGAGUACUGGAAGGGCAAGCUGUCCGCGUCGGGCGACCCCGCCGCCGCCUGCUCGUCGGGCGUGGCGGAGCUGCACAACGCGCUCAUCAACCCGCGCGUGUGCGCCGAGAACCUGCACGUGGUGGUCGGCGGCCGCGUCGAGCACGUGGCCGAGUACGCGGCCAGGGUCGUGGGCGGUGCGUCCGCGUAGGCCGCCCGCUCACGCCCGCGGAGGAUAGCUUUAGUAGGAUUAGGGGAGGGACUCGUCUGGGAAGACGUUCUGCCAACGCUCUAAGAAAGCGGAAACACACACACACACACACGCACACACACACACACACACACACACACACACACACACACACACACACACACACACACACACACACACACACACACACACACACACAAACGUACACACACGGGAAAUACUCAAGCUUUACUUGUACUUACAAUGCUCUUCGUCCGAAGGCAAAAGAGAAUUAAAUAUUUUUAUUAUAUACUCUGUUUGUAUAAAAAAUAAAAAUAAGAAUAUGGUACUGAUUGUGGCCACAUACCAUGCCAUUCGCAUGGGGUUUGCAUGCAAUUUAUAACUCUGAAUCCACUACUAGUUAUGGAUAACCGAGUACUGUCACUGAGAGGACCGUGGCAGUGAGGACCUUGCAAAUGCCUUGUUAUUUCAUGCCCUCCAUCAAGGUGCUUCCGCUCAGUGGUCCUCUGUUGCACUGUGAUCAUUAGUAGUUCUAGUUUUUUGUUCGUUGUUUUUAAAAUCUUAUAAAAACAAGUUAGCUAUUUAGAUGUGUAGUUUAGGUCAAGUUAUUUUAUCAGAAUCAAAAUUUGAUCAAACAUUUGUUACAUUUGUUUAUAUGCCUGUUUUUUUUUUUUUCUCUCUUUUUUUUACACCGGGUGAAUUACAUUAUGAAUGCUA